GAAGCACCAAAAAUCGAGUUUGGAGUGAUUGACAUGGAAGCUCAAGCUCUUUGCAAAAGAAGAGCUUGAAGAUGCACCAAAACACCAAUUGAACCAGAAGCAGUCAACACAGUGAGAUUGAAGGAAGCAAUUGCAGAGAGAGAGAGAGAGAGAGUGAAAGAUGUCUGACCUAGAUAGGCAAAUUGAGCAGUUGAAGCGAUGCGAGCCUCUGAAGGAGUCUGAAGUGAAGACCCUUUGUCUCAAAGCCAUGGAAAUUCUCGUUGAAGAGAGCAAUGUUCAAAGGGUCGACGCUCCUGUCACUAUUUGUGGGGAUAUUCAUGGCCAGUUUUAUGAUAUGAAGGAGCUUUUCAAAGUGGGAGGUGAUUGCCCCAAAACAAACUAUUUAUUCCUUGGGGAUUUUGUUGAUAGAGGGUUUUACUCAGUUGAAACGUUUCUGCUUCUGCUCGCUCUUAAGGUGAGGUAUCCAGAUCGGAUAACACUCAUUAGGGGAAACCAUGAGAGCCGUCAGAUCACACAGGUAUAUGGAUUCUAUGAUGAGUGCCUUCGAAAAUAUGGUUCGGUCAAUGUUUGGAGAUAUUGCACUGACGUAUUCGAUUACUUAAGCUUGUCCGCCCUAAUUGAAAACAAGAUUUUCAGUGUUCAUGGUGGUCUUUCUCCUGCCAUUUCAACAUUGGAUCAGAUACGAACUAUUGAUCGGAAGCAAGAGGUACCUCAUGAUGGUGCUAUGUGUGACCUCCUAUGGUCAGAUCCUGAAGAUAUUGUGGAUGGAUGGGGUCUGAGUCCCCGUGGUGCUGGUUUCUUAUUUGGUGGCAGCGUUGUUACCUCCUUUAACCACUCCAAUAACAUUGACUAUAUAUGCCGUGCUCAUCAGUUGGUAAUGGAAGGUUAUAAAUGGAUGUUCAAUAACCAGAUAGUUACUGUCUGGUCAGCUCCAAAUUAUUGUUACAGAUGUGGUAAUGUAGCUGCUAUUCUGGAGUUGGAUGGAAAUCUUAAUAAGCAGUUCCGUGUGUUUGAUGCUGCCCCACAGGAAUCAAGGGGGGCACCUGCAAAGAGACCCGCGCCGGAUUACUUCCUUUGAAGUAUAUUUCAUUGUUUGUAUGAUCUAGAUGCUCAAAUUGGUGAAAAGGAGAUUCCUGCUUGUGCAUCUUCCAGCUUCAUCCAUCUUUAUUGUACUAGGAGUGUUGUGAAUUAGCAUGUGAUUUGCAAUACAUGGUUCUUACCUUUGUUCAUUCAGAAGCUAUGAUGGACAAAGAUUUUAUAGGAAAAAUGACAUUUGCAUAUAUGAAAACUUUAUUAGGAAGAAUUGGAUUGGAUCACGGAAUUUUGGAGAGAACUUUUUAUAUAACCUGUGGGAAAAAAUCCACUAGUUGAGUUUUUA